GCUACGGAGCAGGGCUCCUGCCAGGGCCCUCACCACGUUGGCUGAGGCUUCCGGAAGGGGUGGGGCUUGGGCGGUGCAGUGAGCGGAAGUGGUGUCUUUACCUUCCGCACUACGCAAACAUGCCGAAAGCUGCUGCUAGGCCUGGGGCCCAAGGUUCCCGCGGAGCCAUGCAGACUGGGAGCGUGGCAGGCGGCCAGCAGAAGGCAGACACAUCUGACAUGUCAUUUGAGGAGCUGUUGGAGUUACAGAGCCAAGGGGGACCCAAGGCAUACAAACAGUUGGUAGCUGGAAGGAGCACUCAGAAGCAAAGCCCCAGACAACCUGUGUGUGUUGCAGAUAAGCACCGUCCUCUGGAAAUGUCAGCCAAAGUCCGAGUGCCGUUCUUACGUCAGGUUGUUCCCAUCAGUAAAAAGGUAGCCCGGGACCCCCGCUUUGAUGAUCUGUCAGGGGAAUAUAACCCUGAGAUAUUUGACAAAACUUACCAAUUCCUGAGUGAUAUCCGAGCCAAGGAGAAAGAGCUCGUGAGGAAGCAGUUGAAGAAGCACCGUUCAGGGGAGGAGCAUGAGAAGCUGCGGCAGCUGCUUCAGCGAAUGGAGCAGCAGGACGUGGCACAGCAGGAGCGGAGGCAGCAGCAGGAGCUGCGCCUGGCCCUGAAGCAGGAGCGGCGGGCUCUGGCACAGCAGGGCCAUCGGCCCUACUUCCUGAAGAAAUCUGAGCAGCGCCAGUUGGCCCUAGCUGAGAAGUUCAAGGAGCUGAAACGCAGCAAGAAACUGGAGAGUUUCUUGAGUCGAAAGAGGCGCCGGAAUGCAGGCAAGGACAGGAAGCAUCUCCCUUCGAGCAAUGAGUAGGAAGGAACUGUCCCAGGGAGACCUGGAUCUGUGGGACAGAUCUGGGGUUGGCCAGCUCUGGUUCUUCCCUGCUCAAAGGCAAGCCUCACAACUCGCCCUCAGCUGGGCUGCUCAGAAGACUGGCCUGCUCUGGGACUGUGCCAGGGCUGUACAGCAGCAGGAGCUCCGCCCUCCAUCAAGACACACUGCCUUUCUCCAUCUGGUUCAUCGUGUUCUCAUGCUCUCCUGCCAUCCUUUCCUUAAGUCGGGGAUUCAAAAGAAAAGGGGCACGGGCUGUGUUCCCGGCUCCAGGGAAAGGACUUUACAUAAGAGCCACUCUGAAAACAUGCUUGUUACUCCUCGCUUUA